AUGUGCUCCUCUGUCCCUCAGCAAGUGAUUGCAGAUAUCCGUGGAAAAGAUGCCUUUCAUCGAUCUUUGGCGUUGUCUCUCAAUGAAGAUGACUCCGAUAUCCGCCAAACAUACCGACCGUUCAUUCUUAGCGACAAUGCUGCUGAGGAUUGGGUCAACAACCUAGAGCUCACCACGGCUCUAGACAUGGCUGAGCAUAACUUGCGGGAUACAAAUGAGAGGCUGAAAGUUCUGGUACUUUAUGGCAGCCUUCGGAGAAGGUCAUAUUCGCGGCUUGUGGCACUUGAAGCCUCCCGCAUUCUGUUCCGACUCGGCUGUGACGUACGCGUCUUUAACCCUGAAGGUCUUCCUGUCAAGAACGACAACGAUACAGACCAUCCGAAAGUACGGGAACUCCGAGAGCUUAGCUGUUGGAGUGAUGGUCAUAUUUGGGUCUCGCCUGAACAACACGGCAAUCUGACUGCUGUUUUCAAAAACCAGAUUGACUGGAUUCCUUUGACUACAGGAAGUGUUCGUCCCACUCAAGGCCGAACGCUAGCCAUUGCCCAGGUUUGCGGUGGAUCUCAAUCUUUCAAUGCCGUAAACUCUCUGCGCAUCCUUGGGCGAUGGAUGCGCAUGUUCACUAUCCCGAAUCAAUCCUCGAUUCCCAGAGCAUAUACACAAUUCCCGGAUGAAGGUCAACCAGAAGACCAACGCCUUAUGCCUAGUGGCAACCGAGACCGCCUGGUGGAUUGCAUGGAGGAAUUUGUCAAAUAUACAAUUCUGAUGCGGCCUCAUAUCGGGCUUUUUGGUGAUCGCUAUAGCGAACGGGAAGAUCAGAGGUCAAAAGAGGCCAAGAUGAAGACCUCUACAUGA